UCAGCUCUGCCUUCAUUCAAACGACACACUAAACUCGUUAUCUCGUAAACUUACUGACGCUUGGAGAGAGCGUGUUAUAUGCAGGUCUAAGUUCAACCAGAACCCGUAGCACUCGAACUUCUUUGCACGGCGAAUGACGUAAACACCGUCAGGACAUUUUAAAGUAUACUUUACUGCACGGGAAGGCCAUUUAGUCAAUUUUCAGCGAUCGAAGUAGGGAACAAUGACUUGAGACGCCGAAUGCAGCCUCUCGAAUCGUGCCCAAAAGAUGAAGUCAGGUCAUCUGAAGCGUCUCUUCGGUGUCUGGAUAUUCCUGGUUGUUCUUCAAGAUGUAGUGCAGCGUGCUAAUACAGAGGAAUGCGUUGAUACAAUAGAUACUGUGACAUGCCAGCAGGCGGCAGCUGCAGGCCAAUGUACAAGUCAGUACCCUGUGGUUUUAGCAAACUGCAAGAGGACGUGCAACCAAUGUCCGACAACCCCGCCGCCGACACCCGACAUAACAACAGCACAGGCCACAUCAGGGUCGCCCACAUCGGCUACAAAGCCUCCCAAGUCACCUUCUACUACCCCAACCACGCAUGCUCGAACUACACAACUGCUGACAUGCAGUAACUCUACAUCAAACAUAACAACGACAUCAAAUGCCGGGUCAAUCCCAAAAUCAAAUGACUUAUUUUCUAUAAAUCUAGUAUUCGUAUGGUUAGCUUUAACAUGGCUUUUUAGACACAGAUGAUUUUGCAUAGAAUAGUGAAAAUACGAUGGAACAACUCCGUCAACUAAAUGUUCGGGUUAUUGGUUUUCCGAGUAGAAAUGACCCACAGGAGAAAAAACUCGGCAAAAGGAACUCAAAACUACUUUGAGUGAAUAGGGAGUUAAAGUUAUUCUAGUUAGAGUUCUCGUGGUUUACACAUAAAUAAACCGUAUAAAGGGCAACAAAUAAAGAGCUCCCAAUUCUCGGAGACCCAACGAUCUUUGUGGGGAGCCCCAAAGGUCUCACGUUAUCAAACAUAAGAACUCUCUUUUACAGAUGAAAUUUUCGCAGCACAAAACAAAAUGCGUAAUUUUUUGAGGCGCCUCUUUUACCUUAGACUUUCGAGAUUUUUCGUACCGAUUUUUCUUAUGAGUUAUGUAACCUUUGAAAAUACGAAACACAAAAUAUUUUCGAGUCACUUGAACUUUGCGAAAUUCUAAAAAUGAAAGUGACGGGAAAAUGGUAUUCCGUAGUACUCAAAGACAUCAACGUUCCCUGUUAGCAGUCACUUCUUUUUGCAGCGUUAUUUAUUUUUGCACCGCCGCGAAGCGUUAAAAUUUCACAAAAGGUUUGACGUUUACAGUGUAUAACAAAUAGGAAUAAAAAUGGCCUGAAUUUCGGGAAUAACAACUACCAAAACCACUUCUACAAGAAACUGCAGGAAAAUGUAGUUUUAUCCUCGCUUUCUGAUUGGCUGAAUUUAUACUUGCUUCCUGAUUGGUUUGGUUGGCUGUACAAAUCAUCGCUUUCUAAUUGGUUGUAAGCAAUUCUUGCUUUAGUGGACAGGUAGAGGUCGCAUCUUCAGUAAGGUGUAAUAAGGGAUAGAGAAAUAAAGUUUUUUAGGUGGUGGUA